AUGUUCUUCUUCUUCUUCGGUGCGGUCUUCGCCGCUGUCCUCCCAUCUGUUGCCCCCUCUGCCGCCUCCGCCAUCGUUGCCACAUCUGGCCCCCGUUCCGAACCCCUCUGUGCCCCUCUCGGCGACAGCACUGCCCCGGAGCCAUCUUCCAACGCUGUCUCGGCUUUCACAGACGACGAGAAUUACGACGUGUUGGCCUUGACGGCCCCGAUUCCUGCCGGCUACACUGCCAUCAUGAAAAACGCAAACUGUGCCUUCUCGUCCAAUAGGUACAUGCUGUACGUUCAACUGGACUCAUACAACCAGGAGGCUUGCGCCGAACUCUGCAACAAUCAUGAAGGCUGCGACUCCUUCAACAUCUACAUCCAGCGUAACCCGUCCCAGAUUCCUGGACCUGCCUGCACCAACCCUGCUCCCAUUGCCGUCACCCAAUGUGCGCUCUACUCCCUGCCGGAGGAGGCAUCUUCUUGCACAAACUUCGGUCAGCACAUUGGCCCCUCCGAUGCCAAUGGUGAGGCCUUCAAGAUUACUAUCCGCAGCUCCAACGCAUACAACAAAGUCUUUGUUAAGCAAGUCACCGUGACUUUCACCACUACCCACCACAUGCACAAGACCUUCACCAGGCUUAACUCACGGAGACAAAUCGCCACUACUACUGUCAACGGCGAUCAAACAGUCAACAUGACUACUACUGUUACACGCCAUCGUUCUUCAAAGACCAAGCCUGUGGCUGUUGGAACCCUAGCUGGUGUUGUUACCGUUACUCGGUCGGCAAACCCCACGUCUUACGCUGAUACUGUCAUUGUCACCCGUUCGGCAAACCCGACUGCUCACGCCGGCACUGUCACUGUCACCAGAUCCAAGAGUACCGGCGUACAACCCUCUCAAGUCCAGUCUGUCAUCUACACGACCGUCACCUCCUACUACGACAAGCGCGCCGAGCCGUACACUGCGCCUGCUGAUUGCGUCACCGUCACUGUGGAAGGAGAACCUACAUACGUCAGUACUACGACUACCACCCUCUUUGACACCUCUGGCGUAGUGAUCGUGACUACCACUAUCCCCAACAUCUUGCCCGCAGAGACCACGACCAUCACCAUUGACGACACUGAGUCCCGUACCUACCCCUUCAACGACUACCCUGGCAAGCGCAGCCUCGUCACCAGGAUCAUGGCCAAGUCUGAGUCCAAGGCAAGCAAAGGUACUAUCAGUCCCCUGACUGCUGUCACCAGUGUCAAGGGCCCUGCUGUUACGGCAGAGCCGAUGAGCACUUUUACGAUUGACGAGAACUACGUCUACACUGGUCCUACAGAAGUGCCUAUGCAGACCUUUACCAUAUACCUGGACCACUAG